AUGGAAUCAAAAACCGGGAUCGCUAAUUGGAUUGCACUUGAUGAUGAUGAAAUUCAAGAUACGAAUGUUGAUGAAGAGGAAUUUAUUGAGGAUACACCACAAAUCAAUUUAGUUGAUGAUUCGGCAAAAGAUGAUCAAUCAAAUGUUAACAAACGAAAAAGAACAAAUAGCAAAACGAAAACAAGUCACAAAAAAAAACAAACAAGUGGCAAAGAAACAUCCUCUUGUUGGGACUCAUUUGAUAAAGUUAUGAUAAAAGAAGAUGAUGGUAUGGAAAGAAGAUAUGGAAAAUGUCAAUGGUGUGAAAGGCUACUAAAGGCGGAUGGGGAAAGGAAUGGGACUUCUAGUUUACUCAAACACGUAGAUCGGUGUCAAAAAAACCCGAAUAAGCUACAAGAUCCAACUCAAACCAAAUUGAAUCUAAAAAAGGAGUCAAAUGGAGAUACUAGUGUUAAAACAUGGAAACACGAUGAUGCAAGGAUCAAAAAAGCAUUACUUAACCUUUUUGUGGUAGGCGAAUUACCUUUCAAGUUCGUUGAAAACGAGGCUUUUGUGGAAUACACCAAUGCACUUAAUGCUAAGGUUGUGUUGCCAUCUAGACAUACAAUAUCCCGAAAUGUUUCCAAAUUUUACAUAGAAGAAAGAACCAAAAUGCUUCAAUUUUUAAGUAACCCAAAGACCGCUAUACAUUUGACAACGGACACUUGGACGUCUUCUUGUCAAAGGACUACUUACAUGGUGGUCACGCUCACUUCAUAG